AUGUCAAAUAAACCCAAACCAACCUUGCCUUCUUAUGUAGCAUCAACAUUACAAGAACCACAUAGUUCUACUGGAUCUAUGGCUUCAGUACUCAGAGCAACACCAAAGACAAGCACAAGAAUGUUGGACACAAGCACAACAGUGACCUCUUCAACUUUAUUUUGGAGAAGUAGCAUUCCUUCAAACUUGGCCACUCUAAAAAACACAAGAAGCUCACAAAAAGCAGUGAACAGCUUGGAGGACACCAGUUCUGAUCCCCAUAUAUCAUCUGAAUCAAUUGUACCUAAAACCACAUUGUCCACUUUAAUCCCUGAAGCCACAGGAAAGAGCUCUGUUUCUGUUUCAGUGAAUGCAUCAAAUUCUACAAGUACUGACACACAUAAUGGGGCUGAAUUAAAUACUACUAUGCUGUCAGAUACAUCCAGAACUCUUACUAUGGUGGAAACUAACAUACCUGAAGUGAUUUCAACCACAGAGCCUACUCCUAGUCCUACUAAAGUGUCCUUUAUUAAUUCUGUUGUUAUAUCCAGUACAAAACCUACUUACAGCACUUCCUAUUCAAGUCCUCAUCAGUCAAUCAAGCCAGAAGAAACCUCCAGUGAAAUGUCCACUGGGCCCCCAAACUCUAUCACCAGCACAGAAAUUACCACUAGUGAGACAGGACAUGAUGUGACCCCAAACAUGGUCUCCCAAAGUACAGUAGAAAAGUUCUCACUGCUGGGAAUGCUCUCCAGUGUCUCUCAGACUUAUCCAUUGUUAGAGAGAUCCAGUCUUCAUGGCACAAGUUAUGAUACUCCAUCCAAGACAAAAUCAUCAGCACUAGAAGGAAUCAUCUUUGAACAUUCCUUGGUAACUACAGUCAGAACAAACUCUUCAUCACCUGUUAAUUCUGCAUCACCACAAAGUGAUAGUCACUCUUUUGCAGGUUCUAUGAAUUCAUCCCUACCUAUUACCCAUCAUACUACCAAGCAAGUUUGGAACUCAGCUUGGAUGCAAUCUAGCCCACUUGAAAACAUGGAUUUAACCACAAGGUAUGGUCCUAACCAUACAAAUGUUUCUCUUCCUGAAUCAUGGACAAGAGACAUGUCUGUUGGGAACACAUCCUUUACAAAGCUGCAUGAAUCAUCAAAAGAAACUUCCAUUGGAAUCACCAUUGGGACCCCUGUUUCUAGCAUCACUAUGAAAUCACAACAGUUGACAAACAGUCACACUGGAUAUUCUGUGGUGACAUCAAACAUAGUGACUUCUAAAAGCACAUCAACCUAUGCCUCAAUCAAGGACACAUUUACACAUUCAAAAGCCACAGCAUCUUCCAACAGUAUUGCUUCAGAAACAUUCACACCUAUUUCUUGGGAAGAAGCGAAGUCACCAGAUUCCAUUACAAUGCCACAUGAGCCAUAUUCACCUUCUGCUAUUUAUUCCAUGAAAGACACACACAUUAAAUUGUCUACUAGUUCUAUGGCCCCUGCAAUCACAAUUUCUAAGAAUCUAAUCCCAACAGACUUGUCCACAAGCUUGGUACCUGGGACUGAUUCAAUUCCAAGCUUAAGUAGCAGCCCUCAGACAAGUUUCAAUAUUGCACAAUCAUCAAAUAUCUCAGAAAUGACCAGUGUUUCCUCAGUCACAAAAGGAAAUCACAUGGAAGAUGGGGCAUGGACAUUUCUACUUUCAGAAUCUACAGACAAUUCUUCCAGUCCUCCAUCCCCAUCAUGGACUCAUUCAACUUGGGAGGGGACUCAUUCAACAAGACCUAUGCCCCAGACAGCCUCACAUUUUCCAGUUCCUUCCAAUGCAAAGAAAUACAACACCAGCUCUCCUGCUUCUGUCACCUCUAUCUUCAUAGUUGCUAAGGACCCAAUCCCUACAAGAUUACUUACAACCUCAGGAUCAGUAACUCAAUCAAUACCAAGCUCCAACACUGCCCAACUCUCUAAAAUCUCACAGACAACCUCUGUUUCCUCAUUCACACCAGCAAAUACCAUGGAAGGUGGGUCUCACACACCCCAUGUCCAACACAACAUCACAUCUACAUCAGUCCCACCUGAAAAGGAAACUUUCACAACCAUUCUGCCCACCAUGGAACAUACCAGAUUUUCACCUUCACAGCCAAUCUCAUCUGAAAGUAUGGAGAUUGAGACAGGCACACUUUCCUCCCCAAGGACAGCAUGGGCAGAUUUCAAUUCAUCUGAAGACAUAAAACCCAGUCCUAGCCAUAGUGGCCUGCCCACUAGCCCUUCUCUUUUUGAAUCUAGGACAAGCACCAUUUCUGCUGAGAGCACAUCCCUGUCAGCCCCUCAUCAGUCAUCAUCAGAAGAUACUUCCACUGGAAACUCCAUCAGUCUCCCUACCUCCACCAUCAGUGUAGAAACAGAAGAGAUGACAAACAGACCCAUGGGACAAUCUCCAGUUACAUCAGACAUUUUGACUUACCCAGACACAUCCAGUACUGACUCAGUCAAGGACAUCCACACCAGUGGGAUGCAUUCAUUUCCACAUUCAGAAUCCAUGGUUCCUUUCAACAGUCCUGCUUCAGCCUCAUGGACAUUUACUCCUAGGAAAGGAUCCAUGUCUACAGAUUCCACAACACCAGGAUUACUUUCAUUGACCCCUGAUGCUUCCUUGCCAGAGAGACACAGUAGUCAUUCUCCUGAUUCUGUUGCUUCUGUUUUCACAGUUACCAGGGAUCUGUUCCCAACAGCUUCACACACAAGUUCAGAUCCUGUGACUGCUUAUAGUCCAAGUUGGAGCAGCAUCUCUGAGUCAAGAUCCAACACUGGACAUUAUUUCUCACCCUCACAGAUGAAUAAAUUUUCCUCAGUCACACCAGAGCCAAAAAUGGAAGCCAGCAGUUCUGGACCCCAAUUCAAAUACACCAUCACACCUACUUCAGUGUCAUCUGAAAAUAUAGCUUUCCCCACUACCCCUCCCACCAUCCAAGUAUCCCCCCUUUCACUUACACAAUCAACAUCAUUUGAUCAUGAAAAUAUUGGGACACAGAAAUUUACCCUCUUGACCACACUAACACAAACUAAUAUACCUGAGGUGAACUCAAGCACAGAUUUCAUUAGUAGUCAUUCUGAAAUGCCUUUCACUUACUCUCUUCCCGUAUCCAGAACAGUAUCCAUGUCUCCUGAUAGCACAGCACUUCCAACACUUCAGCACUUUAUACCAGAAGAUAUAUCCAGUGGAAUUGUCAGCUCCAACAUCACAGAAUCAGAAGAACUAUAUACGAGCAAGACUGGGGAUUCUAAAGUAACAUCAAACAUGGUCCUCUCCCUGGAAGCAUCACCCAUGUCUUCAGUGUCUGACAAUCUCACUAGUUUCCUUCCAACUCCACUAGUCACAGAGACAUCCACGUUUUUAAGUCAAAGUUAUGAAGAUGUAUCAGUUGCAAAAUUUCCAGCUCUGAAAGGAAGCCAACCUGCUGAUUCUCCAGGAUAUCUUUAUAGGCCUACUUUAACUUCCCCUGUUACUUCCACAGUAGAACACAGCACCCCAUCUCCUAGUUCUGUGGUCUCUGCCUUCACCACUUCUAGGGAGGCAAUCACAACUGGGAAGGAUAUACAUGAUUUAUCUACUUCAUUUCCAAAUUGGAGCAGUAGUAUACACUCAAGCCAAGAGACUUCACAGGCCACCAAGUUCUCACAGACAAGCUCUGCUUCUUCACUUAAAGCAGAAAUGACUAUGGAAGCCAGGACUCCCAUCAUGACUACUGGCCUCUCCAUUUCAGAGUACAUGACAGCUGACAGAAUCUCCACAAAAAAUCCUCCUUAUUUCUCAGCAUCAGAAGAUAUCACCACUGGAAGCAUUCCCAGCCACAUUACCUACCCUAGCACAAAAGAAGAAUUAGCCACCAUCUUUGAGGCAGGUAAUUCUGGGUCUUUAUUAUAUGAAACCCUGUCCAGGGACACUGCAACCACUGUUUCUAUGACAGAAUUUUCUUCACCAGAGCCUCAAACAUCUCCACAUUUAGCAUUGAUAUCUGAACACAGCAGUUUUGAUGAACAGUCACAUAUAAGUUCUUUACCCAAGGAAAAACACACCUCUUCAGAUUCAGUAUCAACUGUGACUGAGAAGACCUCACUGUCUCCAGUUACUUCUACAUCACAAGUACAAAAUGUCUCUUCCCUUGGUUUUGUGGGUGCACUUGUAACUUCUAUUCAAGAGACAACCUCAAUUGGAAAAGACAAAAAUAUAGUUUCUAAGAGCACCUCAAUCCAAGGCCUAGACGCCACAAGGCUUUCAACUCUAGGUCCUUCAUAUGACAUAAGAAACCUAAAGACAAGUCACAUUUUCUCAAACAACCCAUCAAGCAGAGUAGAAACUAAUAUUCUUGGAGUUAAUUCCCAAGAUACUAUCCUAGAUAAUUCAGGCCUAUCAAGAAUAACAGCUGUAAUUAUGACCUCACAAAACAAUGAGGAUGCAACACUUUCAACACCAAUGUUCUUAUCUGAAUCUCCACACAGAGAAACUCAGAAAGCUUUUCCCCUAACAUCAGUAAAGCAAGAAUUCACCAUGCCUGAAUAUACUAACUUGAUGACAAGAUCUAGUUCUGAUCUUUACACAGUGCCUACUAGGAUUUCCACUGGGCUUUCAAGAACAGAAACUAACUCAAAUGAUGGACUAUCUGUUUCAAGUUCUGCAUCUUUCACAAAGACAACAGACAUCUCUACGGGAACUACUUCCAAUGUCUCUACACUUCCCAUCCCAAACAUUGAUAUCAGUCAAGUAAUUAAUGCUACAGAAUCAUCUAAAAUCACCACUCUUUGGAAAACUUCAGGCACUACUUCUGAUACUCAGGCCUUUUCUACUGUAACUCAGACAGUUCUCAACAUAGACAACAUGUCUGUUCUGAACAGUUCUGAGUCACUGUCACGGACAGACUCCCCAUCCCAUGAAGCAACCUCCUCUGUGAAUUUUGCAGAAAUACAUCAGACAACAUCACAUUUUCCUGCUACUUCCACAUCAGAAGGACAAAGACUCUCCUCUCAAAGGACUGCAAAGGACACAAACUUAGCUUACCUUACAACUUUGUUUCCAAGCUGGAAAAAUGGUGAGUUAACCACUUCAAAGGAUACCAGGACCUCACAAACAUCUUACAUGUUCACCAGAACUGAAGUAACUAGUAUGGACAUACCCACUCCUAGACCCCAGUUCCAAAACACUGCAGCAUCUGAUGCUGUUUCACCAGAUGGGACUUCCUCUUCCUUGUUGAUAUCACCAACAAAGACAUUGCCUUAUUCUGCUUCCUCUCUAUCACCACAGAGUUCAAACUCUACUUCUUUACCUGAGAUGUCAUUUCCCACCUCUGGGUUCUCUAAGACAACAGACACAUUGAGCGGAAGCUUGGAAACUGAAACAAGUUUGCCUCCAAAUUUAAACAGCACCUCACUUGAAAUAUCGGGCUUGCCUCAAGUUACUACUGAUACAGAAAAAUUUCAGUCUUCCUCACAAUACGAAGUAACCAGCAUGAAGAUUAUCAGUACAGGACAUGAGCUAAGUUCCUCUGUACCAGCACCCCCUGUAUCUUCCAGGGAUACCUAUACAAUGGGGGCUUCUUCCUACAUUUGGGUGACUGCUAUGUCUACAUCAUUUCCUGACUAUUUAGAGACUACCAGAUCUGAUACUGAGCAAUUUUCCCAUUUGACUUCUGGAUUGAGAGACUCUAGCAUGUCCCUACAAACAAACAUACCUUCACGUCCUGUGUCUACUCUCAUUUUGCCAGAGUCGGAGACUACUGUCACUUCUGCUAUGAACAUAUCAACUCCAUAUCAGACUCUAUCUUCAAAGUUUACUGAAACUCCAGUAGAAUCAGCUACCAUCUUACACCCUUCUUCAUCUACUGUAGAGUCUACUGUGGCAACAUCCUUCUCAGAAUCCAAUUUUACUAUGCCUUCACCGGAAAGCACUUAUGUUCCACAAACUAGUAUAGAUGAGACAACUUUUGUUGAAACAACAACCUUUUCUUCAAAAGAAGAAAUAACUUCAUUUGCCACAACCAGCAUUUCAAAAGGCAACUCAUCUGUAACUUUGAGCAGUCCUCAUUCUAUAACACAGUCAAGUCAUGUUGAUGUUUUGGUUUCCACAAUUGCAGAAAGACUGUCAUCUUCAACUUCUACACCACUGUUCUUUUCUGCUUCCACUGGCGGUGACUUUACAGCCAGUCCAGUCCUCCAUGGGAUUACUUCUUCAGGUAAUUUACAAACAGAAGAUAACAGUAUUGUUAUAAUGAGUGGCAGCACUCAAGAUUCCAUGAUUAUGUUUGGAACUUGA